AUGGUGGCCAAAGACCCCACUACUUUAUACAUCAGAUAUGUGCAGGCUCAGAUGCUCAAACAUAAUAAUAAAUCAUAUACCUUACCUAAAAAAUACGUUGAAGAGGGAAGAGUGCUCGAUGAUCAGCAUGAAAAGCAUUUACAAAGCGUAAUCGACGCACAGAUAAGUCGUAUCUUGGAAGAAUCAAACGAUAAAAUCCUCGAUGCAUCAGAGAUUUCAAAAGAACCGGAGAAUUUGAAGGGUAACCUACAGCUUCUGGUUGACGGUUUCCAAUAUCGAGCCCAGGAAAAAGGGGAUGAGGCUCAUAGAGCAUUAGAAAAGCUGCAAGAGUGCGCGACUACCCAUGAUAUGGAGCUCGAGUAUGAUCAAAAGAUCACCGAAUCAGGUACCGAAGGAGUCUUGCCAAAAGACAAGCCCGGAGACAAGCCCGGAGACAAGCCCGGAGACAAGCCCGGAGACAAGCCCGGAGAUGAACUCGAAGACGAAUCCGAAGACGAAUCCGAAGACGAGUCAGGUACCAAAAUUAACUACCUCUUCGAUAAUGGGUCAGCCAAAGGCCUUUGGAGACGCAAUGGCUAUAGCUGUCCCAAAAAGGGUCGGUUCCGGUUAUUGUGGCAAGAAACAACAGCGCGUGAGUCUAACAGCAAGUACGCGGUCGAUGGCCGUCAAUGUAACUUUGGCGUAGAAAAGUACAAUGAGGAGAAAAGGGUCUUUUACCGGGAGAUUGUCUCCGCAGCAAAGGUAGCAGACUUAUUGGAAAUAUGGAAAACAGGCAACUCCAGCAAAAAGAAAAUGAUAUUAACGGUUGGAACUCAGCGGAAGGUCUACUCAACAAAAACCUCCGGACGAGUGACUGUGUUCCACUGGUGUGCAUAUAUGGAAGGUGCACAAAGAGACCAGAAUAAGGCCAGGCGCACUCCUGUGCUUAAAUGCUGCGUUGAGUUUGAGAAGGAAGACGGGCCGCAAAUCGUCCCUCUCUCUAAUUUGGAGAAGCUAGAAGACGUUUCAACCUUGAACAAGAUAUUUAUAUGGACGUGUAAAACAGAUGGAUUGCCAUUGCCUUCCAAGUGGACUCCGAAAGAAUGGAAGGAAAAGAACCGUGCAUAUUAUGAUAUGGGCGACGAUAGGGAGAGACUCAGAGGCGCCCCAGUUAUGUGGAGAGAUGUUAAAGAGGAAAUAUAUGAAGAAGAAGGUAUCGCAAAAAGUGUACCAAAUGGGCGUUCUGUAAUGGGUGGAGAAGGUGAGCCUAUUUACAAUCAGCAUAUAAUGCAAACCGUGGUGGGCAUGUUAGAUAAAGAAAGGGUACGAACAGACGCUCGCUUUCGACAGAUUGAGGGUAAUGUCCAAGGUGUGACGAAUACCCUCAAUGAGCAUGGGGAAUAUUUGCAGCUAAUUCUCGGUUUAUUGAAAGGCAAGACCACCACGAAAGAUGCAGGUGCUAAGCCCAAGGAGGAGGAGGAAGAGGAGGAGGAGGAGGAGGAGGAGGAGGAGGAGGAGUAA